AUGGCUUUAAAAACGUACGGUGAUAAACCGAUCAGUUUUCAAGUAGAAGAAAAUGGCGAAUAUUACUGCGUUGGAUCUGAGGUCGGAAACUAUUUGCGCCUCUUCAGGGGAAGUUUGUAUAAAAAGUACCCCGGCAUGUCCCGACGAUUGUUGACGAAUGAAGAACGUAAACGACUGCUUGAUUCCGGCAUUAGUAAUCAUCUUUUGUCCAGCUCCGUUUCGUUACUAAAGGCGACGGAAGUACAGGAUGUGCUAGAUGGAAAUGACGAGAAAUAUAAGGCCGUAUCGGUGCAUACAUCCGAGCCUCCUGCACCAAGGGAAAGCAAAUCUAGCAAGAAGCAACCACCAUGGGUGCCGACAAUGCCCAAUUCGAGCCAUCUGGACGCGGUUCCGCAAGCGACACCAAUCAAUCGGAACCGCGUGUAUAACAAGAAAGUGCGCACAUUUCCGAUGUGUUUUGAUGAUACUGAUCCGACGCUGAACGUAGAAAAUGCAUCGCAAACUGAAAUUCUAGUGCCGAUUCGUUUAGAUAUGGAAAUUGAAGGUCAAAAACUGCGUGACACAUUCACCUGGAAUCGGAACGAAUCCAUGAUCACACCGGAGCAAUUUGCUGAAGUGCUAUGUGACGAUUUGGAUCUCAAUCCUACUCCGUUUGUGCCAGCAAUUUCAGCCGCCAUUCGACAGCAGAUUGAAGCGUAUCCGAAUGAGCCGGUCCUAUUGGAGGAAGGGUCCGAUCAACGGGUUUUGGUUAAACUUAACAUACAUGUUGGCAACACUUCACUGGUAGACCAAGUCGAAUGGGACAUGGCUGAGAAGGAGAAUAACCCUGAGGAUUUCGCUAUCAAGCUCUGUGCUGAGCUUGGACUCGGUGGCGAGUUUGUUACUGCUAUUUCCUAUUCGAUUCGUGGCCAGUUGUCUUGGCAUCAACGAACGUAUGCGUAUAGCGAAACUCCGCUCGCUACGGUAGAGGUACCUUUUCGAACUCCUAGUGAGGCCGAUCAAUGGGCUCCAUUUCUCGAGACGCUUACCGAUGCAGAGAUGGAAAAGAAGAUUCGAGACCAGGAUCGUAACACUCGACGUAUGCGCAGAUUAGCUAACACAUUUACAUAA